UCGUUGAUAUUUUUAAAUAAACAAGUUCAUUGGUAAGAAUUUCACAGAACGUUGAACAAUCAUGCAGUGUAUAUCCAAUAAAUUUGUUGUUUUCGUAUAUUUUUCGUUGUUUUUUGUGUUUAUUCUGUGCGAUCAAGAAGACAGUGCGAAUAUAACCUGUUUCCUUUUGUAUUCCAGGCUCAGGCCGUCCAAAAUUACCAUAACGGGUGGUGCAAAUAAAAUCAAAGACAGUUGUCCCCGAAAUUCGACUGACCAGAAAUGGAUUAUCGUAAAAGGGAAAAUAAAAUUUCUGCACGAAAAUUCUGUCAAAGCCAUUCCCAAUUUAUUCAGGAUCGAGUUACCAAAGGUGGGAUUGGAGAAAAUUGAGCCCGGAACUUUCAAGGAUUUGCCACCACUGAAGACUCUGUAUCUUGGAGAUAAUAAUUUGACGAAAAUCAAAGCCGGCACCUUCGUGAAUUUAGAAGUUUCGUUCCUCGAUCUUUCAGGAAAUUCCAUUUCGGUUCUGCAACCAGGCGCCUUCCAAAAUCUGUCAAGCGCAGACCUGGACCUUCGAGAAAACAGGUUGACGGAAAUCCAAAAAGGAGUAUUUCAAAAUGUGUCUCUUAAGAAUUUGUAUCUGAAGAAAAAUUGCAUUUCCAGGCUAGAGCCUGGAGUUUUUGGAAGCUUGUACCCAAAAAGCAAAUGGGGAGUCAGUUUGCAGUUAUCAAACAAUUGCAUUGAAAGGUUAGAUCCACAGGUUUUUGAUAACGAAAACAUAGACGAAUUAAUUUUAAAUAAUAAUUCUAUCUCGAUCCUUCGGUCAGGGGAUUUGAAUAAUUUACCGAAUUUGAGUCGGCUAUACCUAUCGAGAAACAGAAUCAAAGAAGUCCCCGAAGGAGUUUUCAACGCUUCCAAAAUAUCAACUUUAGAUUUGACCCACAACCGGAUUUCUGUGAUCGCAAAUGAAGCUUUUGAUGGUAUGACACGUAUAUGGUUUAUUAGAGUUGACUACAACGAGUUGAAAGAGUGGGAUAGUAGGUGGCUGCGUGGGAUACCAUUGUUACGAAUUUCUGCUUCUUAUAACAAUAUUGAGGUGAUUCGUGCCGGAAGUUUUAUGGACUUUCCGGAAGGUAGUGCAGUGGAACUGGCUCAUAAUCAAAUCAGGAAUAUUUCUGAUGGUGCUUUCGCUGGUUUGGAAAAACUGAAUUCUUUGAACUUAAGUUAUAAUGAAAUAAGUGAGUGGAAAAUCGAUUUCAUGAAGAAUGUAACGAUAAGGGAUAAUGUAGAUCUUCGGGGUAAUAAAAUUAAUUGUACUGAUUUGGGGUCGGAUUUAGAAGAACUACUUGAUAAAGGUUUUCUAUUUGAUAAUUGUGAAUCUGAUUCAGAAGCUGAAUUAGAAAAUGACGGAACAAUCAUGAAGUACGUUCCUAAUAAAAUUGUUUUCCUGUGUUUUUCGUUGGUUUUUGCGCUUACUCUUUGUGAUCAGCAACACACAGUGAACAUAACCUGUCGCUAUGUGUCUAAUUGGGGGAUCAUGUCAACCUAUACCAUGCAGAUGGGUGCACAUAAAAUCAAAAAUCGCUGUCCUGAAUCUGCAACCGAACUGAAAUGGAUUGAGGUACAAGGGACAAUGAAAAUUCUGUACGAAGAUUCUGUCAAAGACUUUCAAAAUUUAGGCCGGCUCGAUCUAACAAUGGUAGGAUUGGAGGAGAUUCAGCCCGGCACUUUCAAGAAUUUGUCACGACUCCAAACUUUCUACGCUGAUCAAAAUAACUUGCCGAAACUUAAAACCGGUACCUUCGUCAACUUGGACAUGACGUUCCUCAUCCUUUGCAAAAAUUUCAUUUCGGAUUUGGAACCAGGCACAUUCCAAAACGUGACAGUUUUUGAUUUUGAUCUUGACGCAAACAAGUUAAGAAAGAUCCGAAAAGGGGUGUUUCAGAAUGUGUACGCUUGGAUUUUGCGUUUGGAAAAUAAUGGCAUUUCGAAACUAGAACGUGGAGUUUUUGCAAACUUGGGUACAAAGAGCAGUUCAGGGGUUUAUUUGUAUUUAUCACACAAUUGCAUUAAAAGAUUACAUCCACAGAUUUUUGAUAACGAACACAUAUAUGCUUUAUUUUUAAAUAAUAAUUCUAUUUCGAAUCUUCGGCCAGGCGAUUUGAAUAAUUUACCAAAACUGCAUUUGCUACAUCUGUCUAGAAACAGACUCACACAAGUUCCCGAAGGAGUUUUCAACGCUUCCAAAAUAUCAACUUUAGAUUUGAGCCACAACCGGAUUUCAGUGAUCGCAAAUGGAGCGUUAGAUGGUAUGACAGAAUUGAGGUUCUUUGAAAUUCAGCAUAACCAGUUGAAAGAGUGGGAUGAUGGAUGGUUUCGUGGGUUAUCGCUGAUCAAAUUUAAUGCUUCUUACAACUAUAUUGAGGUAAUUCAUGCCGGAAGUUUUGUGGCAUUCGGGAAAGAUAGUAAGGUGGAGCUAGCCCAUAAUCAAAUCAGAAAUAUUUCUGACUGUGCUUUCACUGGUCUAGAAAGAUUGAAGUCUCUGGACUUGAGCUAUAAUGAAAUAAGUGAGUGGAAAAUCGAUUUCAUGAAGAAUGUAGUGAUAGGAGAUAAUGUAGAUCUUCGGGGUAAUAAAAUUAAUUGUACUGAUUUGGGGUUGGAUUUACAAGAGCUCCUAGAUAAAGGAUUUAUGUUUGAUCAUUGUUAA